AUGCCUAGGAAAACAGGGCUGCUGGGGCAGAGGGAAUUUCAGCCGCCGCUGCUGGUGGUUUUGCAUGGUGAGGAUUGGAGGGGAGGCAGCUGAAACACCCUCUUCAACACAGUUUAGAAGAGCCAGGGGAGCCUUAUUCCACCUUGCAUGUUCUCACGAUGACUUCAGCCUGUUUUAGUGCUUCUCACACACACAUGAACCAUAUUAAAGCAAAAUUCCCUGCAUGUAGAAACAUAGUGCGCCAAGGCAAAGGGGUCAUCAGACCUCUUGCCCCUGAGGUGCUGGCUUUCUUCAUGCAGGGGGUUUUGUUUUGAUUUUUUAUGGGACAGGAGAGAUUCAUGUGACCCCUCCCCCUGCAAUAAAACCAUCAUGCACAGUGGCAUUUUGAAGUGGUCUGUGUUUGCGGUGAUUAUAGACUGAAUCUGAUUUUUAGAGAGGGUUGUGUUGUUUCUGAUCCAGAUACACAAUAUUGCUUCUCGGUACCAAUGGGUUCCUGGGGCUACACAGUUUUGCAAAGUUGGCUUCUUGCAAUCAGAAUGGAGUUGGGGUGCCCUGGACUGACUUUUCCCAUGUUCCCCAAGCGAGUUCCCAGAGCACCCAAGAGGGGAAAGGUGCAAUUCGAAUAUGCCUCCUGCCCCAUUCAUUGGAAGCAGUGCCUGCCAACUCCUCAAGCUUCCUGGUUCAGCCCUUCCUCUGUCUCUAAGAAAUGCUCAUGUAGCCUGAAAAGCUAAUAAAUUAUCUUUGAACACUGGCUAUAUUUUCAUCAGCACUUCUUCACACAACGAACUUGCAGAACUCCCUGCCACAAGAAGUGGCAAUGAUCAAAACUACCUCAGAUGGCUUUUAAAGAAGCGUUAGGUAUGUUAGCAGAGGAGGAUAAGCCUAUUGAUGAUGAUAAAACAUGAGAUCAAAAUGGAACUGCCAUGUUGGGAAGCAGUCUAUCUCUGAAUAGCAGGUGGUAAGGACAAACAACAGUUAAUGCCCAUCAUCUUCAUAACACUAAGGUACAGUGCGAGGGCCUUCUGGCAGUUCCCUCACUGUGAGAAGUGAAGUUACAGGGGACCAGGCAGAGGGCCUUCUUGGUAGUGGCACCCGCCCUGUGGAAAGCCCUCCCAUCAGAUGUCAAGGAAAUAAACAACUGACUUUUAGAAGACAUCUGAAGGCAGUCCUGUUUAGGGAAGUUUUUAAUGUUGGAUGUUUCAUUCAUUUAAUAUUUUGUUGGAAGCUGCCUAGAGUGGUUGGGGAAGUAUAUUAUUAUUAUUAUUAUUAUUAUUUAUUUGCAUAACCUGUGUAAGCUUCCCAACAGCAUCUGCCUGGCCACAGCUGGAAACAGGAUAUUAGGAUAGAUGGAUUAUUGGUCUGAUCUGCCAAGUUAAUGUUAAUAAAACAAUGAGAUAUACAUAUGGAAUAAUUACUGCAGGGUGGUGAUUCGUGACAUUGCAAGACUGGGGUCACCAAGCAUUAUAGAGCCAUGAGCAGAUUUCGAUUUCUGAGCAUGUUGCCGUGGGCACAAUCCCUUUCGGGCACUUCUCUCCCUCCCCAGAUCAGCCCUCUCCCAAAAGACAAAAAAAGUGUGCGCUCUCAAACUUUUGCUUUUCUAAGUGAUCUGGUUGAAAUGUGGAUCCAGUAGAUGUGGAUCUGAGUCUCGGAGAGCACAUGGCACUCAAAGAGGGCAUGGCAUAGAACCCCUGACCAUUAGGUCCAGUCGUGGCCGACUCUGGGGUUGCGGCACUCAUCUCGCUUUAUUGGCCAAGGGAGCCGGCGUACAGCUUCCGGGUCAUGUGGCCAGCAUGACUAAGCCGCUUCUGGCAAACCAGAGCAGCACACAGAAACGCUGUUUACCUUCCCGCCAGAGCGGUACCUAUUUAUCUACUUGCACUUUGACAUGCUUUCGAACUGCUAGGUUGACAGGAGCAGGAGCUCACCCCGUCGCGAGGAUUCAAACCGCCAACCUUCUGAUCGGCAAGUCGGAGGCUCUGUGGUUUAACCCACAGCGCCACUCGCGUCCCCCUAUCCCCCAAUGGACAGGCACAAAUUCUCUGGUCAUAUGGGACUUUUGUAAAGGACCCUUCCAAGACCGGCGAGGGCAGAGCUGAGCUUCUGGCAAGUGUAAAAGCCCUUCUUGCAUUUUUGGAUACAAGAAAAAAAGAGAUAUGCUGCUGGUGCAGCUAUAUCUCUAUCGGUUUCUACAAUUUUGUAGUCGGGGCACCUUAAGCAGUCCUGUUGUCUCUCGGUGUCUAUAAUUCUUUGCUUAACCAUUGCUUAACUGUUGUCUCUUGGUGUCUAUAAUUCUUUGCUUAACCGUUGCUUCAGAAAACCCAAUUUCUGAAGAGUGUUAUGGAUGCUGAGAUUCCUGCACUUGAUCUUAGCCAAAAGGCCGAGAAGCAACUUAUGGUAAAACUAACGAGUGAUAGAAAAAUGGUGGAAUGAUUUUUUAUUUUUUAUUUUUUAGGGGCUUAGCAGAAAUGUUAUAAGGAGUUAAGCAUAUAUAAGUAUUUUAGUUUUAAUGGAAAAUAAGGUUAAAAAAUACGUUAUUUACAAUAUUACAGAAAAUGGAGAAAGAUGGAAAGGAUUUGCUGAAACAAUUAAUAGAAGUGGAAUACAAAAAGGGAGGUGAGAGGAGGUCGAGGAAACAAGGGAAUGAAAGAUAGAGAAUGGAAAUGAGAGGAUGUAUGUUUUUAAAUUGUUUUUACUUUGUAUUUUCAUUUUAGGAUCUAAGGUUCAGGUCGUUGGGUUUUGUCUUAGUUUAGUUUAAUGUGUUUAGACUUUAAUGAGUAUUAAAAGAGAGUGAUAUGUUGCUAGUGUAGCUAUAUAUUGUAUGCGUUGUUUCUCAUUUUGUAGUUGGGCACUUUGCAUCUCUGUUGUCUCUCGGUGUCUAUAAUUCUUUGCUUAACCGUUGCUUUUGCUUGGCCCAAGCCCAGACUUAGAAGGGCUUGAGGGACAAAACGCAAUUUCUGAAGAGUGUUAUGGAUGCUGAGAUUCCUGCAUUGCAGCGGGUUGGACUAGAUGACCCUUGGCGCCCCUUCCUUCCAACGCUACAAUUCUCUGCUUCCCUGCCCCAAGCCCUCCAGCGUUCAGCUUCGCUGCUGCUGGGUUCUUGCAUUAUUCCCUCCUCCCCUCCUCCUCUUCCCCUUUCGGUCGCCACUUCCCCAUUCCUGACACCCGCUAGCCCUGCCUGCUUGUCUCCAGCUCAGUUCCAGGCCAUUUCCUGCUUCUCUUGAUAAGAUCCUCUCUCUCUGCAAAAUCCCAGACUGGCUGGAGCUCUCUGCAAAGGUCACAGCCUGGACAGGCCUGAAAUCUGGCGAAGAAUGCAGCUGGCCCCUCCGGGGAACUCCCCUGUAGGAACCGGGGCUCCACAUCUCUUUGCCUCCACGGGGUCCGGCGGUGCCAACCGGUGCCAACCGUCUGUUCUGUGAUGGUAUGACUUGGCGGCGCCCGCCUGGGCCAGCCUUGCAAAGCGCUGUUCCCUUCCUCUGUUGCAAUCCUGCGGCAGACGUGGGAUUCCAUAAACACCAUGCGUUUAAAAGCAGGUUCAAAGCACAUCCUCCUGCUCUGUUGAACUGUAGUUUUAACCCUCACAGAGCUACAGUCCCCAGCACUCUUGGCAAACUAUAGUUCCCAGGAUUCUCUGAGGAACGGCACAUGCUUGGGGCAGAGGGCCCUCCCAGACUAAAACUGCAUACAGUGGUACCUCGGGUUAGAGACGCUUCAGGUUACAGACGCUUCAGUUUACAGACUCCGAUAACCCAGAAAUAGUACCUCAGAUUAAGAACUUUGCUUCAGGAUGAGAACAGAAAUCGCGCGGCGGCACAACGGCAGCGAGAGGCCCAAUUAGCUAAAGUGGUACCUCAGGUUAAGAACAGUUUCAGGUUAAGAACGGACCUCCGGAACGGAUUAAGUUCUUAACCUGAGGUACCACUGUACACAACAUAUAUUUAUAGCACACGCACAAGGCAAAACAAAUUCUGGGAACUGUAGCGUGCUGGGAGCUGUAACUGUGAAGGGGUAAGCUACAAUUCCCAGGGUUCUUGGGCGACGGGAUGUGAUUUAACUGUAUGGUGUGUGUACAAGGUUAAAACACACAACUUUUCAAAGUAUAAGGAUAAGGAGGUUUGAUACACGCAAAAUGAUAACGGCAUUCCCUGCGAAUGCAUAAAGAGCAUCGAAUAAUGCUACCGUAAUUUACUAGGUAGCCAAGUACACAAGUUAGCCCGAGAGCUUGUGCUUUAUUAAGGUGGCCAAUUUGCUAAAAACUAGGUUUUAAAAAAUGCAAGAUGCAUUUUAAUUGUGACAAGGGCACCCCUUUUGACCAUGGGGGUGGUGGUUGAGGACAGCGGGGGGGGGGACUCAUGGGUUUGUCGCCACCCAUCCCCCAAAUCUUUGGAGCUGCCUGCUCAAAGAGGAUGGGGGCAGCCCCGGGCGCCAGUCAAAUCUCGCUUAUCUCCCUGGAAAAUUGAAGGAGGAAGUGUAAGAGAUAGCCAGCUCUGAGCCAUCAGACUUGGACGCCCUCAGUCCUUAAAGGGGCAGCCUUUUUCCGCUGCUGAACAAUUGCCAGAUUUUUUUUCUUUCUCCUUUCCCCACUAUGCUGCUAUAGCAGGUGCCAGACCGAUGGGAGUUUACUCUCGGCCUGUGUUCCACUGCUGCCCCCCAUUACUGAACUGGUGACUGGGAGCAGCUGCUGGGACCAUAUAAAACCAGUCCUGAAAGACCUACAUUGGCUCCCAGUAUGUUUCUGAGCAAAAUUCAAUGUGUUGGUGCUGACCUUUAAAGCCCUAAACGGCCUCGGCCCAGUAUACCUGAAGGAGCGUCUCCACCCCCAUCGUUCAGCCCGGACACUGAGGUCCAGCUUUGGGUGUCUUCUGGCAGUUCCCUCCCUGCGAGAAGUGAAGUUAACAGGGAACCAGGCAGAGGGCCUUCUCAGUAGUGGUGCCCGCCCUGUGGAUUGUCCAGAUAAAUGUCGAACAGAUAAAUACAGUGGUACCUCGCGUUAAGAAUUUAAUUCGUUCUGGAGAUCUGUUAUUAACCUGAAACUGUUCUUAACCUGAAGCACCACUUUAGCUAAUGGGGCCUCCCGCUGCUGCUGCACCGCUGCUGCACGAUUUCUGUUCUCAUCCUGAAGCAAAGUUCUUAACCUGGGGUAAUAUUUCUGGAGUCUGUAACCUGAAGCGUAUGUAACCCCAGAUACCACUGUAACUAAAAGACUUUUAGGUCAUCUGAAAGCAGCCCGGUAUAGGGAUGUUUUUAAUGUUUGAUAUUUUUAUUGUGUAUUUAAUAUUUUGUUGCAAGCCGCACAGAGUGGCUGGGGCAACCCAGUCAUAUGGGCAAUAAUAUAAAUAAUAUAACUACGAUGGUGAUGGUGAUGCAAUACAAGCUAUAGCCUUAGCCCUUUUUGCAGCCCGCACUGCCACGUGGCAGGCUUCUUCUUUGGCGAUCACUUGUAGCCGAGUAAGAUUGUCUUCCAUAAACACGGUUUUAACAAUGAGUCAACAAAAGAGGUUUAAAGACUGUCUCAAGGCAAAUCUAAAAAAAAAAGUAGUAUAAACACCAACAACUGGGAAACACUGGCCUGCGAGCGCUCCAGUUGGAGAACAGCCUUUACCAAAGGUGUCAUGGGCUUUGAAGACACUCGAACUCAGGACACAAGGGAGAAACGUGCUAAGAGGAAGGCACGCUUGGCAAAUCCACACCGUGAUCAACUCCCGCCAGGGAACCAAUGUCCCCACUGUGGAAGGACGUGUGGAUCCAGAACUGGCCUCCACAGUCACUUACGAACUCGCUCUUAAAACCGUGUUUAUGGGAGACAGUCUUACUCGGCUACGAGUGAUGGCCAAAGAAGAACUACAAGGAAUAAUAAUAAUAUUGUGUAGGCAGAAACUUUUCCUGCUUGUACACCCUGCUGGAAUAAACACCGCUUGGGCAGGAUUGUUUAAAUGCGCUUUGUGCCCCAAAAGUUAAUUUAAUAGGAUAUACCUUCUUUUCAUCUUAAAAAGCAGAGACAUCACCUUGCCAACAAAGGUCCGUAUAGUUAAAGCUAUGGUUUUCCCAGUAGUGAUGUAUGGAAGUGAGAGCUGGACCAUAAAGAAGGCUGAUCACCGAAGAAUGGAUGCUUUUGAAUUAUGGUGCUGGAGGAGACUCUUGAGAGUCCCAUGGACUGCAAGAAGAUCAAACCUCUCCAUUCUGAAGGAAAUCAGCCCUGAGUGCUCCCUGGAAGGACAGAUCCUGAAGCUGAGGCUCCAAUACUUUGGCCACCUCAUGAGAAGAGAAGACGCCCGGGAAAAGACCCUGAUGUUGGGAAAGAUGGAGGGCACAAGGAGAAGGGGACGACAGAGGACGAGAUGGUUGGACAGUGUUCUUGAAGCUACCAGCAUGAGUUUGACCAAAUUGCGGGAGGCAGUGGAAGACAGGAGUGCCUGGUGCGCUCUGGUCCAGGGGGUCACAAAGAGUCGGACACGACUAAACAACAACAACCGUUUUUCCCCCUGACUUCCCAGGCACCGAGAAAACCUUCAGGUCAAGCCUGGCAGCUGCCUGCUGCCAUUGGCAUGACUUGCCCUGGCAGAGAUCCCUCCAGACCAAGGUUUUUUCCCCCAAGCUCUCCCCCCACCCCCACUGACGCCCCGUUUCCUCCCCCUGCUUGCUGCCUCCCACGCUGAGAGAGAGAGAGAGAGAGAGAGAGAGGCUGGACGGAGGAAGCCUGGGGAGGGAACAGCCCGCAAGAAAAGAGCUUGCCAGGAAGUCUGUGGGUUGAGCCGUCCUGGUCUCCUGGCGGGGUCUGCACCCAGUGGUGUGUCCAGCCGCUCUUUGCCUUCACAGUGAGUGUGUUCCGCCCUAUCUCGCUUUUGGACAGGCGUCUCUAACUCGCCGGGCAGUUAGGGAACCUGCUUGCUGCUGCUGGGUACCGGGGCGGGUGCAUUAACAUGUUAGAUGCCCGCCGCGCGUGCACUGUCGCUUGCGCGGGGCGCCCGGGUGAUAAUUUGCUAACCAGGGCCGGAUUUAGGUUUGAUGAGGCCCUGAGCUACUGAAGGUAAUGGGGCCCUUUAUAUGUCCAGCUGUCCUUUGACAACAACAAAUUGUCGCUGGUUUUUUUCUGUGCUGAAUAUAUGCUACCUGGUAAUUUAUGGACCUAAUAGGUCUAAAGCCACUGGCACAUAACAAAAUAUGUAUUUUUAUCAAAGUAAAUGUUGAACUGAAACACAGUUAAGAAGAAGUCUAUUAAUAGUGAAAUACCAUUAAGAAGAAGUAUAUUAAUAGUGAAAUAAUGAUUAAGCUCUAACUUGAAAUUAUUUUUGAUUCAUCACAAACUUAAUAUUGCAAACACUUUGACUGGCAUUUGGCAAUCACGAAAGUUCCUUUCUAAACAGUUUACAAAGACUCAUAAUCUAGUCUCUAGAAACUUGCUAUAACAUGAAAUAAUAAUUGUAGGUUUUGUUUUAUUUGUUUUUAUCUUAUAUUUUGGAAAUGUACAUCCAGGUGUUUUUUUCCUUUAAUUUUUUGUGGGGCCCCCAAGAGAGUGGGGCCCUAAGCUAUAGCUUGUUUAGCUUAUAGGUAAAUCCGGCACUGGUGGUAAUGUGAUGACAAGGGCAGAGGUUGGUUUGGGAAGGAGCCCCCGCUGACCAGAGAUUUAAAGCUCUGUGAUGCCUCUAUAAACAGUCAUGGCUUCUCCCCCCAAAGAAUCCUGGGAGCUGUAGUUUGUUAAGGGUGCUGAGAGUUGAUAGGAGACCCCCUGUUCCUCUCCCAGAGCUACAAUUCCCAGAAUUCCCUGGGAAGAGGGAUUGUUAGUUAAACCGCUGUGGAAAUGAUAGCUGGUGGGUGCUGGGAACUAGGGUUCUCCUCUCAGCACUCUUAACAGUCAUGGCUUCCCUAAAAUAAUAUUGGGAGCUGUAGCUUGUGGAGGGUGCUGAGGGUUUUUAGGAGAACCCCAUCCCCUGCAGUCCCCUCUAAGAACCACAACUCCCAGAGUGUUUUAACAGUCAAACCCUCUUCUUCAUUGGAACCUCUGGGAACUAUAGUUCUCUGUGAGGAAAACAGGAGUCUCCUAACCACUCUAAGCACCCUUAACUAACUACAGUUCCCAGAAUUCUUUGGGGGAAGCCAUGGCUGUUUAAAGCAGUAUUAUCACAGUGCUUUAAAUGUAGGUUGUAAAUGUGGCCCCUGGUUGGGUCAGUGUGGUUGAUCCCCACCCCGUUUUUUUAUAUAUAAUUUUUAUUUAUUUUCCAUUUAAAGUUAUACAUUCACAUCAUCAUUAUCCGCAAUACCACCCUGGCUCUUUAGAGCCUAUCAACGACUCAUGGCUUUCGAAAUUAACCUUUAUAUCAUUGCAAUUUAUACAUUUUCCAGUUCCAAUUAGACUGUUUACAGAACGUCUCAAAAUUUAAAUAAAUAUAGAAAGAUAGAAAAUUUCUCAGUGCAAGUCAUCAGACAGCCCUGCUAGCGAUGUUAAUUGCUUACAAUAAUCUCUUGAAAUAUUGUAUAAAUUUACUCCAAUCCUUUUGGAAUACUUGAUUGUGCGGAUUUCAGAUUUUUCCUGUCGGCUUUGCCAGUUCUGCAAAGUCCAUCAUCUUCAUCUGCCGCUCUUCUUUCGUUGGUACUAGGGUUUCUUUUCCAUUUUUGGGCUUAAAGAAUUCUUGCCGCGGUUGUUACAUACAUAGGGUUUCUCUUCCGUUUGUGUGCCUCUGUUUGCACAAGUCCAUGUGGGUUAGAAUGUGGCUGUAAUGCACAAUGGAUGCCAAUUGCUUUGUGCUGUUGCGCCGCUGGCUGGCUGCUGUUUGCAGGGAAUGAGCAGAGCAGGCUCUGGGAUUCUCAGCUGGGCUGCCUACUCUGUCUCCAACAGAUGUGAGGAAGCAUUUGAGCAUUUGAGAGUCAGAGGAGGUCUCAGAAAUCGUCUAGUCCACCUCGCUGCUCGAUAGCAUUGCGGCUCCCCUGACAGAUGACUUUCCAGCCUCUAGAGAAGGAGAUCUCUUUCAUCUCUCAAGGGGCAGACUUUUCGCCUGUUUGUGAAUAAUUAGGAAUUUCUGCCUUCUACUGAGUCAGACCAUUGGCCCAUGUAGCUCAGUACUGGCUACACUGGCUGGCAGCAGCUCUUUCGGGACCUUCUGCACACACAGCAAAUGCUCUGUCACUGAGUAUUAUUAUUAUUAUUAUUAUUAUUAUUAUUAUUAUGCCACCCAUCUGACCGGGUUGCCCCAGCCACUCUGGGCGGCUUCCAUCAGAAUAUGCAGAAGCACAACAAACCAUCACACAGCUUCCCUAUUCAGUGGUACCUUGGUUCUCAAACUUAAUCCGUUCUGGAAGUCCGUUCCAAAACCAAAGCAUUCCAAAGCAAUAAUCAAUGUACUGUACUAUAAAAUAAAUAAGACAGUGUUGUAGGUGAUAGUCAUUGUUUGGCUGGGGGGCUUUUAUACAUUUCCGCAGUCACACAGUCAAUCAAUCAGUAGCUGAACUGGGUUCCACACAGUCACAAAAACAAAUUACAGUGGUACCUCGGGUUAAGUACUUAAUUUGUUCCGGAGGUCCGUACUUAACCUGAAACUGCUCUUAACCUGAAGCACCACUUUUGCUAAUGGGGCCUCCUGCUGUCGCUGCGCUGCCGGGUCACGAUUUCUGUUCUAACCCUGAAGCAAAGUUCUUAACCUGAAGCACUAUUUCUGGGUUAGCGGAGUCUGUAACCCAAAGCUUAUGUAACCCAAGGUACCACUGUAACUGAAAGAGCCUCAAAAACAAAAACACAAAAUCAAUGGCAAAAACAAAAGCGCCAAAUGUAAUCCGUUCCAGAAGUCCGUUUUGACUUCUGAAAUGUUCGAAAACGAAGACACAGCUUCUGAUUGGUGCAGGUCCCCCAGAAACAAUAGCCACCAACUGCAUCGGACGUUUGGCUUCUGAAAAACGUUUGAAAACCGGAACACUUACAUCCGGGUUUUUGGCAUUUGGGAACCAAGGCAUUUGAGUACCAAGGUGUUUGAGAAUCAAGGUACCACUGUAUAUGUCAGGCUUCCUCAACCUCAGCCCUCCAGAUGUUUUGAUACUACAAUUCCCAUCAUCCCUGACCACUGGUCCUGCUAGUUAGGGAUCAUGGGAGUUGUAGGCCAAAAACAUCUGGAGGGCUGAGGUUGAGGAAGCCUGGUAUAUGGAAACACUAUAGACUAUCACACAUGAAAAGCUUCUCUAUAUAGCACUGCCUUCAGAUGUUUUCAGAAGGUUAUGCAAUUAUUUAUCUGACUGGCGUUCACAGGGUGGGCGCCACUACCGAGGAGGCCCUCUGUCUGGUUCCCCCCCUCUUCCCCGCCCCCCCAAAAAACCUCAGCAAAGAUCAUGAUGCUCUGCCUGGUUGCUAAGCAACACCUCCACCACCUCUUGGUCAGCUGACUGCCACACUCGCAGAAUUAACCCUUAAAUUACAAGCUGAAUGAUCCUUGCACUUCCAACAGGCUACUUUACAGGGAUGCGAUUGAGGAGAUGCUUUGAAUGCGCGCAAAAAAAUUAAAUAAAUGCUGGUUUUGUCGUUAUGUCUCUAUAAAGCCUCAUGUUCCGGUCUCAGCGAGCCAGCUUGGCACAACGGCUUUGGAGGCACCGCUGCGUCACACCCGGCCCCGACGACAGCCACGGGGCGUUGAAGCCGGCGGCUCUGGCCCUCUUCAAGAAGCUCAAGGAAAAGGAGCUGGAGCUGCUGCUGUGGGCGGUGGAGAGCAGGGGGGCGGGCGAGUCGGGCUGCGUCUGGGUGGAGUCGCGAGGCUCCAAGCCGGGCCUCCCCGCCUCGCUCCUCCUGUGCCGGCUCUUCCGCUGGCCCGAUUUGCGCCACUCUCACGAACUCAAGCGCCUCAGCUUCUGCAAGAGCACCGGCGGAGAGGGCGGCAUCCACUGUUGCAACCCGCAUCAUCUCAGCCGGCUCGCCGUACCUGGUGAGGAACGCUGGAGGCAAAUCAGGCGGUGUUUUGGAGCCUUUGACCCUCCAGGUGUUGCUGUUGUUGUUUAGUCGUUUAGUCGUGUCCGACUCUUUGUGACCCCCUGGACCAGAGAACGACAGGCACUCCUGUCUUCCACUGCCUCCCGCAGUUUGGUCAAACUCAUGCUGGUAGCUUGGAGAACACUGUCCCACCAUCUCGUCCUCUGCUGUCCCCUUCUCCUGGUGCCUUCCAUCUUUCCCAACAUCAGGGUCUUUUCCAGGGAGUCUUCUCUUCUCAUGACGUGGCCAAAGUAUUGGAGCCUCAGCUUCAGGAUCUGUCCUUCCAGUGAGCACUCAGGGCUGAUUUCCUUCAGAAUGGAGAGGUUUGAUCUUCUUGCAGUCCAUGAGACUCUCAAGAGUCUCCUCCAGCACGAUAAUUCAAAAGCAUCCAUUCUUCAGCGAUCAGCCUUCUUUAUGGUCCAGCUCUCACUUCCAGGUGUUGGCGGACUACAACUCCCAUCAGCCCUCGUAAGCUUGGCCUAUGGCCAGGGACGAUGGGUGUUGUGGUCGGGCAACAGCCAAAGGGCCACGGGUUUCCCCAUCCCUCUCGUAGACACACGUCCCAACCAAUCAGGGAUCACAGACCAAAUUCACAUGCGGAGGUGGAAAGAAGGGGUGGGGAGCCCGUGGCCCUCCAAAUGGGAUGGACUCCAACUCCCAGCAGCCCCCGGCCAUGCUGGCUGCAUCUGAUGGACCAGAUUGCCCAUCAUCCUUGGCUAUCGGGCAUACUGGCUGGAGCUGAUAGGAGUUGGGAGAGCCCAGAAAGUUCACAAGGGCCACAGGCUCCCCGAUCUAUUUUCCCUGGGGGCCGAAUCUGCUCUGCGUGGACCUCCAAUGAAGCUGAGCGCCAGAAGAUCCAGGGCAGAUUGAACAAAGUGCUCCUUCACGCAAUGCGUAGUUAAACUAUGGCUAAAUUGACAUACAAACUGCGAGAUAAGGACAACUGUGACUUUAACGAAGAAUGGGAACACUUUACAAAUUACUUUAAAAAACAACAAAACGAGUUGGACUCCUUGGCAGGUUUUGAAUAAACAUACACAACUUUAUUGAUUGAUAACAUGGUAGACAGAUAAUGUAAGGAUUCGUAUAAUUUUAUAACAUGCGGAGAAUAAUAUGUGGUGAGAAAUCAGAGAGAGGAGCUGAGGGAAGUCUCUGGGGGAGGGGAGGGUUUGAGGGGGGUGGGGGGAAAAGGGGAGAAAAUAAUGAAUAUGAUAUGUGUUGAUAUGCUGUUAUGUUGAAAUUGUUAAUAAAAACAUUUUUUUAAAAAACACCUAUGGAACUCCCUCCCACUGGAGGCAGUGAGACAGCCACCGAUUUGGGUGGCUUUAAAAGAGGAUUGGACAAACUGGAAGUGAAGCCUCUCUAUGGCUAAUACCCAGGACGUCUGUGUUCUCUUGCCACUGUCAUUGCUUCUGAAUAACUGUUGCUAGGAAUCACAGGAAGGGAGAUUUGCUGUUGUGUUCAGGCCCUGCUAGCGAACUUCCCAUGAUGCAUCUGGUCGGCCACUGUGAGAACAGGAUUGCAGACUAGAUGGGCCAUCAGCCAGAUCCAGCAGCCUGCUGCUGAUAUUAUUAUUAUUAUUAUUAUUAUUAUUUACUACCUUUAUCUUCCAACGAUCUCAAAGUGGUGUACAUAGUUUCUCCUCUUCCCCAUUUCAUCUUCACAACAACCCUGUGAGGUAGAUUAGGCUAAAAGACGGUGAGUGGCCCAGGGUCCAUAGCUGUCAACUUUUCCCUUUUCUUGUGAGGAAUCCUAUUCGGAAUAAGGGAAUUUCCUUUAAAUAAAGGGAAACGUUGACAGCUAUGCCAGGGUCACAACCAGUGAGCUUCGUGGCUGAGUGGGGAUUUGAACCCUGCUCUCCCAGGUCCUCUAACCAUUACACCACACUGGCUCUCAAUAUGUUCUUAUGCUCUUCUGUAUUCAACUCCCGCCAUCCCUGUCCGUUAUCCAAUCUGGCUGGGGCUUAUAGGAUGCUGGGCUUAUUUUACGGCAGCACCCGCUGCCCCCCUAAUCCUCAAGAUAUGAGAGAAAGGAUUUAAAAGUGGCUCAUGCCUUCCAUUAUUAUUAUUAUUAUUAUUAUUAUUAUUAUUUUCUUUUAUAGAGACACCCCUGCCCCCCUACGGCAAGAUCUCUCCUUUCGCAACCCCUCUGAAGUGCGCCAACACGUUGAACAACAACCGCAGAAUAUGGCAAGGUGAGAAAUCGGGAGCCUCAGUGUGAGAGAGGGUCUGAUCCUGCGCAUGGCUGACUCUGUGUCCAGGCUGUCAGCAAGGGAAUAAAUUUUCCCAGCAGGGAUUGGAACCAGCUUCUGAUCUGGUUUGUGGGCCGGUUACUCCCAGGUUGCUGAGACUCCUCAAAGGAGUAGAACAUCUGCUUUGCAUCUGGUAGAUUCCAGCUUCAAUUCCAGGCAUCUCUUCCGGGGGCAGCCAUUCCAGAACAGGGGAACAGGCAAGCAGAGCUCCCCCCCCAUCUGCUCUGCCCUGACAAGCCAGGCCCAUACAGCCUCCCUCCACCCAUCUCUUCCAAUAUGAAGAGGCCCCCAAACCAGGACAUCAUCUUCCAGGGCUGCACUACUGCACAAGUCUCAUGACCCAUGCGAGACUGCAGUCCAAAAGGGCUUUUUUGGGGAUGCGGGUGGUGCUGUGGGUUAAACCACAGAGACUAGGACUUGCCGAUCAGAAGGUCAGCGGUUUGAAUCCCUGUGACGGGGUGAGCUCCCGUUGCUCAGUCCCUGCUCCUGCCAACCUAGCAGUUCGAAAGCAGCUCAAAGUGCAAGUAGAUAAAUAGGUACCACUCCGGUGGGAAGGUAAACGGCGUUUCCGUGCACUGCUCUGGUUCGCCAGAAGCGGCUUAGUCAUGCUGGCCACAUGACCCGGAAGCUGUACGCCGGCUCUCUUGGCCAAUAAAGCGAGAUGAGCGCCGCAACCCCAGAGUCAGUCACAACUGGACCUAAUGGUCAGGGGUCCCGUUACCUUUACCUAAACUUGCGCAGCACCUCUAAACACGUGCUUUGGGCUGCCGUGCCCCCCAAACUGCAGCCCCAAAUAACGCGAGAUCGCGGCGGCCAUUUUGGCCGCCUCUCACAAGAAAAAACAGAAUGUCCCGUUUUCGUCAGGACAGUUGGAGGGUAUGUUCUCCUGUCACCUCGGGGCAUCAGGCUGCCUCAGAAGGGAGAGUUGCGAAGCAGAAGGUUUAUUCUGUCAGCUUUGCUGGAGGCCCAGCUCCACCAGGCACCACCUGCCCCUGAGCUGUGCCCACGUUUGGUCAAUAUAGGGCAACAGUUUUGAAAUCUGUGCCUGAGCUUGGGUUUUCCUCUGCCCUCCCUGUCCCUCUUUCCUUGUGUGUUGUGCCUUUUUUGUUUUUAAAGAUUGCAAGCCUGCAGCUAGGGACUGUCUUGCUUUGAUUGUAAGUGAGUCGCCCCAUCCUUUUUGGAUGAAGAGUGGGGUACAAAUACUCAAAAUUAAUAUAUUUAGGUCCUUGACUUUAUGCCCCAUCUGUGAGACUGAGCUAGACGGGACUUUGCUCUGAUUUAGCAGUGCACUUCUUAUUUUUGGCCGUGUGCGGACUGAAACCUGCCUCUCUCAGAACCACCCUGAAUAGUGGCCCCCAACCCUGUUUGAAAACCCUCCUGCAGUUAGAGGUCCUGAUCCCGGGCACGCCGAUUAUGCUGCCCUCUUGAGAGGAGAAUGAAAAGCAGGCAGGGAAUGGCCCGGCCCAGAGGCCUUCCUGGAUGCUUUGCAGAGUAGAAACUUUUCAAAAAGCGAGGGACGGACACCGACAGACGGCUGCUGCCCCUGUUAUUUCUGGUUCCCGGCGGCCGGGAGGAAGUUGCAGCCCGCAGAGACACAGACAAUGUGCCCUGACGUACAAUGCAGCCUGGGAUCUGGCGCCCGGCCACGCCGCCACGUCUGAGCAAGCUCUCGGCGCCUGGGCUGGCUUUUCCUCUGUCCCAGCCAAAGAUGUGGGACCCCAGCGUGGGGCCUACGUGCCGCCUCUCAGCGCUCCCAGCCGGCCCCCGUGGGACUUCCCGCUCCCAUUGUCCCAGGGCGCCUUUAUCUGAGCAGAAACCCAGAAGUCUCCUUGACCAGGAGGAACAGUCCAUUCCUUAUUUGUUUAAUUCUAUCAGUCCCUGGUUUUUUAAAAAAUAUAUAUAAUUUUUUGCCUUUGGGAGCUGUGCCUUGCCGCAAUGGGGCCAAAGGGCCAUAACUCAGUGGUAGGAUGUCUGCUAUGGAUGCAGAAGGUCACUAGCUCUACUUAUUACUUUAUCUUAGAAGAUUCUAGUCCUCAUGGAUCCAGAUAAAUAGUCGAUUUAAAUAGGAAGCUGCCUUACACAUCGAGCUCAGUACCGUCUGCUAGGGUUUCCUGGACAUAGCCAGGAUUCGGCCAUUGUAAACAGCGCCCAGGUGGAAAUGGCUUAAAUGCCGUGAAAAUCUGGACAUAUGGCAACCCAUCUUGGAAUAAUAAUAAUAAUAAUAAUAAUGAUAAUAAUUUAUUUGUUCCCCACCCAUCUGACUGGGUCUUCUCAGCCACUCUGGGCGGCUUCCACAGAGACCAAAAAUACACUAAUAUGUCACACAUUAAAAACUUCCCUGAACAGGGCUGCCUUAAGAUGUCUUCUGAAUGUCAGGUAGUUGUUUAUCUCUUUGACAUCUGGUGGGAGGGCAUUCCACAGGGUGGGCGCCACUACCGAGAAGGCCCUCUGUCUGGUUCUCGGAAGUGUAGAUUUUGGCGAAUUCCUUAAAAAUAGCUCAAAAACAAUAACUUUUUUUGAGGGGGGGGAAAGCUCAACUACUUUGGGCAAAACUAAAAAAAAACCUCAACAACUUUUGUGUCUGGAUUUUCAAUUUUAUGGCAACACCAGUGGUUCUCAAGCUUUUUUUCUUUGGGCCACACUUUCAGAAUAAAAAUUGCUCGCAUCACACCGGAUUUUUUCAUUGAUAAGAAAUACAUUGGAAAACAAAAAUACACAACUCCUAGCGGUGCUUGAUUUAUAACAAAGAACACAACUACAUUAUAAUAUGACCACGGGGCAUGUGGAAAAUAUGAAACAAGGCAGCUACGUAAGAACAUGACUCAUUCCCAGAAUAUAAUAUUGGUGGUCCUUGAAUCUUCCCUUCCUAUUUGCCAUCCUCUCCUGCUACACCCUUUGAGAAUCACUGGUCUGCACUGACCAGCAAUGACUUCUUCAAGAGUUUUGGGCAGGGGACAUUCGCAGCCCUACCUGCAGAUGCCGGGAAUCGAACCCAGGACCUUCCACUCGUAAACUGGAUGAUCUACCGCUGAGCCACACAGCCUUUUCCCCUUCAAAGACUCCUCCAGGACAAUACAAUUCACUUUAAAUCAGCACCAUUAUCUAUACCUUUGCAUCUGUACAUAUCUGUACACAUGAAAAUCUCUGCCUCGUUUUGUUGUUGUUGUUGUUUUUGUGGCAUACAAAUGCCCACCUUAACUUUGUGGUCUGAUCCCGCAGGGCUCUCCUUAAAAGUUCUCAAAUGAAUUUUGGAAUAAGGCGUUUUGCUGAGAUCUCUCUGUUAACAAACAAAAUCUUUCCAUGUUUCCGCCUAGCUUUUUUUGAGGCUGUAUGUGGGAACGGAACGGGAUUUGGAAAGGAAAGAGCUUAUUUCUCAUCUCUUAACAGCAGCCCGGGGGCUCCAUGGCUAAUAUCCUGGAAGACUUUUAAUCUUAAUCAUCUGGAUUGCUGGCAUUUAAGGGUUUGGCAAAUUGCCCUUCCUUAAAAAAGAUUAUCUCCUAAACGAAAAGUAUCUAAAAGGCAGAGCUCGAAUGACUCAUUCAUAUAUAUGAUCUUAUUGUGCAAAUAUUUUUAUUUGUUUAUUGCAUUUAUAAUACCACUUUUAUCUUCCAAGUUGCUCAAAGUGGCCUCCAGGGUUCUGCUUCUCACAACGACCCUGUGAGGUGGGUUAGGUUAAGAGAUGGUGACUGAACCAAGGUGAACUUCAGGGCUGCGUGGGGAUUUGAACCCUGCACUCCCAGGUCCUAGUCCAGGGGUCAGCAAACUAUUUCCGCAGGGGGCCGGUCCACUGUCCCUCACACCUUGUAGAGGGCUGGACUUUUUUAAAAAAACAAACAAAUUCCUAUGCACACUGCGGAGAAAAGCAAUGACAAACCUAGACAGCAUCUUAAAAAGCAGAGACAUCACCUUGCCAACAAAGGUCCAUAUAGUUAAAGCUACGGUUUUCCCAGUAGUGAUGUAUGGAAGUGAGAGCUGGACCAUAAAGAAGGCUGAUCGCCGAAGAAUUGAUGCUUUUGAAUUAUGGUGCUGGGGGAGACGCUUGAGACUCCCAUUGGCUGCAGGAAGAUCAAACCUAUCCAUUCUGAAGGAAAUCAGCCCCGAGUGCUCACUGGAAGGACAGAUAGUGAAGCUGAGGCUCCAAUACUUUGGCCACAUCAUGAGAAGAGAAGACUCCCUGGAAAAGACCCUGAUGUUGGGAAAGAUGGAGGGCACAAGGAGAAAGAUUGACAGAGGACGAGAUGGUUGGACAGUGUUCUGGAAGCUACCAACAUGGGUUUGACCAAACUGCGGGAGGCAGUGGAAGACAGGAGUGCCUGGCGUGCUCUGGUCCAUGGGGUCACGAAGAGUCGGACACGACUAAACGACUAAACAACAACAACAACAUGCACACUGCGAGGGGGGCAAGUAGUCCUUAUCUUCCCAGGGGCUGCCGCCACCACCACCACCACUGAGCUAUCUGGCCCACAGGAGCACCAGGGUGGCGGUGGGGGCGGGAGAAAGAGGCCGAGCGGUGGCGGCUCUGCCAAUCAAACGCCGCACCUGGUUUACCUCAGCGCGGCGCAAGGACGUCUCUGCCAAUCAAACGUCACUGAGGUAAACCAGGAGCGGCGUUUGGUUAGCAGAGCCGCCGCCACUCAGCCUCUUCCUCCCAUCGCUAUCGCCGGAAGUCUCGGCUUCGCGGUGUGGGCCAAAUUUAGGACCCAGGUGGGCCUGAUCCUGCCCAGGGCCGUAGUUUGCCGACCCCUGUCCGAGUUCAACACUCAAAGCACUACGCCAAUUGAGGCGCCUGCGCACUCAGUGCCAUCAACCUAUGCAGAUGUUUAGCUUGUUUAAACCUCUGCAGGAACCUUGAUUCUCAAUAAUGAUGGAACUCACAGUUGGAGAAUACUUUCAUUUUUUAUAAAUCUUUGUUAUUCGUGUGAGUUUAUACUUUGUGAUACCUUUUCAGCUGCACUUAAUCUUUGUACUUUUGUCCUUCCAGGCUGCGGUGCUUUAUAAUUUAAAUUUACGGGUCACAUAAUCAUAAAAAAUAAUAAUAAUAAACCUUUAUUGUCACUACACCACCUGUGUGCAGUGAAAUUAAACGAGCCACCCCCCCAACACUCAGUCUUGUUUGCGCUCUGUGUGCUUGUCAGAAGUCAAUUACACCACUAUUUAUAUAUAUAUAUAUUAGAGAGUGGGAAGGGACCCUGAGAGACAUCUAGCCCAACCCCUGCAAUAUAGGAAUAUGUUUGGGCUGCCAUACAUCCGGAAUUCCCCAGACGUAGCUAGGAUACGGCCCUCGUAAACAGCGUCUGGGCGGAAAUUGCUUAAAUGUUCGGGAAAAUCCGGACGUAUGGCAACCCAUGUCAGAAGUGUCAAUUUUGGCGUUCUUCUUCUUCUUUGGAGAUUUUGCAAAAACUUUUAUGUCCAAGUUUCCAUUUUUUAAAAAUACGGCAACCCAAAUUGAAUAUGCAGCUGGGGUAUCUGCACUAAGUUCUUCUUUGCGCUUUUCAUUAGCUAACAAAUUGAUAAUUUUUUUAAAGUUCUUGGAGGACUUUAAUGUGGAGGAAUUAUAAUAUGCGGCUGAUUUAGAUAUACUACUAAGGACCCACGGAGGGGAGUCCUAAGAUUCGGAAGAACCUUGUUUGAUUUCGAAAUUUCAACGUGUUAAAUGUGAGAUUUGUUUUGUAAAAACCAAUAAAAAUAUUUAAUAAUAAAAAUAAAAAGUUCUGAAGGGAAUGCCUUUCUCUCCCCCCCCCGCAGACACCAGCCUCUCCCAGCGCUCCCUCAGAGACGGCCACUGGUGCAAACUGGCUUACUGGGAAUACCGCCUUCGAGUCGGGAGGCUCUUCCCCGUCCACGACGACCACAUCAACAUUUUCGCUGACCUCCCAGCCGGCAGCGGCUUUUGCCUGGGCCAGCUGGGCUCCAGGAACCGUAGCCAAGCCGUCCAGCGAGCCCGGGCCAAGAUCGGGCAAGGCCUGCUCCUGAGCCGCGAAGGCAGCGGCGUCUGGGCUUACAACCGCAGCGACCAUCCUGUCUUCGUCUGCUCCCCAACCCUGGGUCCUCCCGGCGGCUCCGGGCCGGCUGUUCACAAGCUCCUUCCCGGCUACUCCCUCAAGGUGUUUGACUACGACCGUGCCGGCAACCUGGCCUGCUGGCAGGGCCACCACGACGGUCCCUACGAUGCCCACAGCGUCCGCAUCAGCUUCGGCAAAGGCUGGGGCCAGUGCUACUCGCGGCGGUUUAUCACCUCUUGCCCAUGUUGGUUGGAAGUUCUGCUGAAUAUACCUAGAUGAAGAGGGGGGCAAGGAGCCAGGAAAGGGGGCUGGUUUUGCGGUUGGGGGGAGGAACCCCCUCUCUGAGCCCUGGGGAAGACCGGGAAAGAUCUACGUAUUAUUUCCCAGCUUCCUCGCGUGGGAGGAGAGAGGAUUCUGCGAGAGUCGGGUGGCUUUUGUAAGUUAUCUGUUUCCUUAUAAAUAUACGGGUUGAGAAAGUAGUGUCAUAUAUAUAAGUCGAGAAGGUAGCCUGAGGGCGAGCAAGUUAGAGGUAGUCACAAGGCAGAAUUAGAGCAGGGCUCAACAAACUCAGGUUCACAGCAGAAUUUUUCUUUUUUGUAGUUCACAAACCAGUUCAACCAGUUCAGCAGCUUCCUCCCUGGGAAUUUUAGCACUUCUGCUAGUGCGGCUGCCGUUUUAAAGUUUCAGCAUCCGUCUCCCUUAUGGGAAAAAACUAUAGUUCUCAGGGAGGGGUUUUUUUGGGUUUUUUUAAGCGAAACUGGUUUCAAACUGGAUUUGUCGUGUAAACGCAGCUGCCGCUUUGGGGAUGGAGGGCAGCCACUCAAAGCAGUCUGCUGGGGCAGAAAUGACACCAUUCAGGUUUGUAAAAGCUUCACCCCGUGAAGCUGAACAGCAGUAAGUGCAGGUUGGAAAAGCAAAGGUGUGUUUUUUGCUGUCCAUUUACAGCAUCCACUGUAGGGAACGUUCCACUGGCUUAGACGGCCUUAGAAAACGGGACUGGAGAGAUUCUUGGAGGAGGAUUGGCCCAUCGACGUCUCUUAAAUGUGGUGGGUAAAUGGAACCUCCAGUUCCAAAAGCAGUCUACCUCUGAAUAUCACGUGCUGGGGAUCGGUAGCAAGGGAAACAACCCACAGCUUCCCACCUCGCUUGUAGGACACGGGUAGCCGAUUUAUACCAAAUCAGUCCAUUGGUCCAUCUAGCCUGGUAGUAUCUACACUGACUGGCAGCAUCUCUCCGGGGUUUCUGGCAGGAUUCUCCUGCGGCCCUACCUGGAGAUAACCAGGAGCAAGCCUGGGACCUGUCUGAAUGCAAAGCAGAUGCUCUACCACUGAGCUAAGGUCUUUUAUGUAACAAAACAAAACCCUAAGAUUCCAGUCCUCAAGAUUCUGAAUAAACUGGUGAAUUAAAGAGGAACAACGGGAGCUGCCUUAAAGUGAGUCCAGCCCUUGACCCGUCUAGCUCAAUAUUAUCAGUAUACCAAUGGCAGCAGCACUCCAGGGUUUCAGACAGGCGGUCAUUUGCAGCCAAUUUCAAAAUGCCAGCAUUUGAACCCAGGACCUUUUGCAUGCAGGGGAGAUGCCGUACCUGUUGUAAACCUCUGGUGGGCUCCCUUUUGAGGAGAGGAUGUCAGGCUGAGAUAAAACCCUUUGGUCUGAUGCAUAAAGAGUUGUUGUGGAAAGAAGCAGGGAGGACAGCAAGUUGGAAAGCAGAAAAACAGCGAAGGAAAUCUUGCUCGUGUCCCGACCCUUUUUGAUCUCUUAAGUAAGAGCCCAGCUUCGGCUGAGAUAUUUAUUUUUGCCUCCUUUUCUCUUUUGCUAUUAGUGCGCCACAUUUAUUUCUAGUGCGCUGCAUAGAACACAUAACUUGAUAUUUGUGCGGGGGGGGGGGGGACCAGGUGUGACCCCCAUCUCUGUUGGAGCAGAGAGAGAGAGGGUUCAGAGGGGAUCCUGAAAUGAGAAAGGAGGAGGAAGGGGUGUUUGUGAGGAUGGGAAAGUGGGUCUCGAGGAGAGGGUCUAAGGAGAGAUGGUAGAUGAAUAGAUAGGAGGUUUGCCGGGGCAGAAGAAGGCAGAAGAAGGGGCUGGGAAUGGAUGGUGGUUGUGAGAGCCGGAGGAAGUUGUACUAUAACAAAAGUAGGAGCCUGACAAUACCUUUGGUGUUACAGGCCGAGCAAUUUUAUACCCAGUUUAUUUAUUUCAUUGUCAUUUCAUAAAAAUUUUAUACCACUCGAUUGUAAAAGGAAACCAGCAACCCUCGGAAGAGGUUUACAACAAGAAUAAAGCAAAUAACAUGAUCAAUGCAGACUGUUUCAGAAUCAUAGUUU